AAUCAAUAUAAACAUGGCAGAUGAUGAAAAAUCCCCACUGCUGCAAUCUUCAGAUGAUGAUGAAGGCCCGCGACUCAGACACAGCCACACCUUCCCCACCACACACCGGAACUUGGAUCUAAGUUCUGUCACACCCACAGAGGAGGAUCACAUUGUCUGUGUGUUCGUUGUGACGUUUGACACACGGUCAGGAAAUAUGAUAGAGUGGUGUACCCCUGAUGACUUUGAGCUGGAUGGCGUGGAGUUCAAAGCAAUGGUCAGUGGAUCUCACACACAACAAAAGGACUUUGUUUACUUCAGAAAGGAUCGUUUGUAUGGACUGGCCUGUUAUGAGAAGAUGUCGGUGGAGAGUGAGAUUGAGCGAGGGGCCACAAAGUACAUAGGGAUAUAUAGGAAAAAUCUUUAAAAAUCUUCUUACACACUUCUCUACCGACACAUACAGUUCUUAGAGUCACAAGUCAGGCACCAGUUGGAGUUACCAGGUAUUUAUUCUCAGCUUCAGGCUUUCUACAAUGAUAAGAAAGGAGUGCUUCCAGAGUCAGCCAGCUCAAGGGGGGUAACUCCCACCUCCACACCUUCCACCCCAAGUAGUCUGCUGCCAGAAAUGAAGAUAACCCACCCUGCUGGCUGCUUCUCACAGUUUAUUAAGUUUUUUGGUGCAAACAUCUUUAUAUUAUGGAAGUUGGUUCUUCUGCAGAAGAGGAUACUGUUUUUCUCUCCACCUCCAAUAGGGGUGGUCUGCUAUAAAGUUUACUGUGCAUGUUGUCUUGGAAACCAUGAGGUAGGAAAACUAGGACAUGAGGUACAACCCCAUUUCUACGUGAAUGUUGCUGAUAUAGAAACAUUGGAAACAGAAGUGGCCUACAUUGCAUGUACAACAGAGAAGAUUUUUGAAACAAAGACAUAUUUACACGAUGUUUACGUAGAUAACCAGGUUAUUACGGCCCAUACUCCCGUCAUACAAGACCUGCUGAAACUGAGUGAUGCUGACAAGGACAAAUACAACAAACUCUUAAAUCGCAGGUCUGCAAACCAAUUUUCCUAUGAGGGUAUGGGAGAGGAUGUGGUGGAUGAAGAGGAAUUAAUUACAGCGUUUUUUACCCAGCAGAACAAUGACCUGUUCAGCACACUCCUGGAUGUGGCCCACUCACAUGACCGUCAGCUGACCUCCGAUCACAUGAGGAGCAUGGGCCUCGACCCUCAAGGAGAUCGCACCUUCCUCAUGGAGCUGGUGGAGCAUUAUGGGAUAGAUGUUGUCCUCAUGGUAGACAACCCUUGCUGCCCUAAAUGAUUUUCGUUCGUUUUUGGGGAAGGAAAAAAUAACAAGGUAGAUGAGUAAUAAACUGCUCAAUUCCUUGUAACAUCCUCCAGCAUCUGUGAAACAGUUUCUCAGUUCAUACAUCUUACAUGUUUCCCAGAAAUGUCAAUGGUUUUGGGGCCAUAGUUUACAUGAAUGAGAUUUGUUGUCUGUGAUAGUUCUAUCUGUAUGUUACGGUGUUAUGACAAUUUUUUGCUAUUAAUGAUCAUGCUCAAUGGGGAUUUGCACUGCUUUUUUUAAACAAACUGAGAGAAGAACUAGCGUACAUGUAGCUCUCAUAAAUAUUAUCACCAGAAAAAUUACUUAUUGUACAGGACUUGUAUAACAUGGUCACAUGAAGGAGUCUAUGGUGUAAUAUGUUACAUGUAUACAUAAAACCACAGUGUGUAUCAUUCCCAGGAAGUUGGAGUUUCACAUAUAAUUCAAAAAAUCAAAGAUAAAAAUAAUAGCUAAAUGUAUUACAUUGUAAUUUAAAGUAACAAUUCACAUCAACUCAAAACAGACCAAUCUGUAGCAAAAUUAGUUUUGUCAUAUUUAGUGUUCAGAUUUGAAUGAUACAAAAAGUAAAUGGAAUUACAAUUAUUUGCAUGCAUGUUCAAUUUUCGAAUUCAGAAAUUACAGCAUUUAUAGGAAAUUAUUGUAGCAUUUUAUAUAUGCAUAAAUUGGAUAUAUUAACAGUGACAGUAGGAUUCCUUAGAUAUAUAAGUACAUGUAGUCCUUGGAUUAGGUAAAAUAUAAUGAAUAGUUUUGUUUAUGUUUUGCACACAUUUUUGUUAUGUUGGCAUUCUUAUGAUUUGUUGAGAAAUGCACUUGUUUAAUUAAUGAAUAUUGUGCAGGGUUGUUAUUAAAUCAAUGCAUUGGACAUAUACAUGAUAUAUUAUAGUCUUUGCAAUUAGGAUUAUUUAAUUUGAUUUUUUAUGGAGUUUAUUUAACAUUCCUUAAUAUUUUCUUUAAUUCAUUACAACAAUUAAUGAAAGUGUAACUACUAUUUUAAAUUUAUAUUAUGUUGUAUUAAACUAUUUAUUGUGACAAUGAUGGGUAGCUAAAUGUUGUGGAGAUGUUCUGUAGAAGUUUUACCCCCAAAGACAAGAUAUAUUCCUUUCUAUUUACUAUUUUAAGAACACAAACACAUUUGUUAAUAAUACAUGUAUUAAUAAGUCUUCCUUUGUCCUGCAGUAGAUACCUAGGAGAUAAUUAAUACUAGAUGUGGGCACAAUUGAUGCUAAAGUGUAUUUUGUUAUUUAUAGUUAUAUAUAACCACAUAGAAAUAUAAGACUGCAUGAUUCUUUUUUCUUGAACCCUGUAUGUCAGGUUGUAGUAAGAUCAAUGUUUUUCAGUCAGUGAAAAUGUAUCUAAUGUAAUUUUAAAUUUUAUUUAAAUGCUGCAUUAUGUAUAUUUGAAGCUUCUUUUAUACUGCUUUGAUCUCAAGUUGUAGAGCACAAAUGAUCUUAAAAUUUGGACUUGAAAAGUAAGAAUGACAAAUAUUUGUUGUUUCUUGAAGCCAACUCAUGCAUUGAUUGAAAAGAAGUGACCUUAGUUACAAAUGUUAAAGGAGUCUGGAGUAAGGAGUUGGUGUCUUAAUUCUGUAAAUCUAUAUGUAGAUCCUAUUCUUUGUAUAAAAAUGUAAUGUAGGAUGUGCAACCCAAGUGGAUGCACAUAUCUGACACAACCCUCAUUUGAAAUCUCUACAUUUUUAGUAAAAACAGAGGAAUCUACAGACGCAAGACAGGUUUAUACAUGUACUUGAAUGACUGUGAUAUUGAAAAGCAUACACAAAAAUUGUGACAGCAAUUGUUCAUUAAUAAGAUUGGUUGGGUACCAUGGAUGCACAGAAAGCAUUGGGCAGUUAAUCUUAAAAAAAAAAGAAAGUGACACUUUACAUUCCUUAGCUGCAAGUCUUUCCUAAUGUAUUCCUUUAUUAUGUGGAUUUAAUCAACAUUUCAGACACAAAAAAAAUCAAUUCAUUAAAAUGUGUAGUUAGGCUCAGGGUGUAAAUGACAAUGAA